CUAAGGUAGAAGUUUCUCUUGACUGCUAUUGUAUUAUUCUGUCGUUUUAUAAGACAGUAACGCAAAUUUAAGUACAAGUUUGUGUUAAAAUAGGUGUGUAAACGUAAAAAAAUCAACUAGAACUAGGCAUAUAUAAAUAGUUGCCGCUAUUUUGUAUUUAUAUUUGUAUAUAAUGGCUGUAUAAUGCGACCAUUUUCAAAAUACAUAGCGGUAUCGGUCGACAGCUAACUUUGCGUUCCGUUACUGCCAAGAUUUAUUGAGGUUUACACGUCUGAAGUAUGAGUUAUCUACAUGUUCUUUCUUCGUUCUUUCUGUAUUGAACACCAAACUCUAUAUUUUUCUGUGUAUCGGAACGUUCAUUUUGUACAAAAUGUCGCCGGAUAGUUCUUGUCGUGAGAUUUAUAUCAUUUUGUAGUGUGGUUUUUCGUGGAAAUAGUUCAUAAUAUUGCGGGAUUUAAGACGAAUGCCAUAGCAUUUCUAUUUAGAACUGAAGAUUAGUAUAAUAGGAAGACAAGAACUGAAAUUGUGUUGAGUGUGUUGGCGCCAAUUUUCCACUAUGUCAGGGGAGGUUCCUGUUUGCGAUGUGCUGCUGGAAGCGGCGGAGUAUUUGUGCAAGCUCGGCGGCAAUUUGAAGAUCCGUUCGGAAAACCUAAAGGAAAAGCGGAUAACAAAAGAUAAGCUUCGAAAUACCCAUGCCGUGCAGAAGGCCGCCGACAAACUCUUACUUAUAUGCGAACUAUCUAAGAAGUCGCUCAGUAAUGUGGAAUUGGGUGUCAAAAAGAUCCUCAGCGUAUGUGGUGUCUCUGCCAACAGUCAACCAUCUACAUCAUCCACUUCAUCGCCAAAAAAACCAGACAACCACCACUACCACAUUAUUAAAUAUGGUUCACGUAGACUGAAAAUCAAACAAAAAGUGAAUUUUCAACAUUAUGAAUCUGUUAAAGUGUUUGCAAAGAGACUGCCUGCAGAAAUGCAAGAAAAAUACCCUGUAUAUUAUGAUUGUAAAAUGUACAGGCUUAGAAAGAAGCGAGCCAUGAUUAAAAAAGAUGAGGAUGCUUCAGAUGUAGACGUACAUGAUAAAAAAGACCAUUUAGGUUAUGAAAAAGAUAGUGAAAGAUGUACUGAUAGUGAAAAUAAGGAUGUAUCUUCUGAAAAAGAUGAAGAAAGUCUUAAAAAGACCUCUUCGAGUGAUAGAAAAACAUCCGAAAAUAUUGCGUUAGACACUGAAGAUGAUGAAAAAGACAAAGGGAAAGCAAAGAAAGAUAAACUUGAUAAGAAUAGUGAAAGCAGCAUCAAAUCUAAAGAUAAGUCAGUUGAAUGUGAAUCUAUCUCUAGUGAUGAAGAUAGGCAGGUGAGCUCUGAAGUUGUUGAUAAAGGUGAAAAGGAAGAUAGUAAAGCCAAAGAUGUGGAAGGGACAGCACAUUCAGACUCCAAUCUUAGUGAGGGGGAAGAAAAAAGUACUCAAAGUCAAUCUUUAAAAAAAACUGAUGAAAUUGUUAAAGCAGACAGUAACAUACAACCAAAAAAACUGAAACGUAUCAGAUUUGCUGAUAACUGUUCUAGCAGUGAUGAUAACACACCAUUAAAAAAACAAACUACAGAUAUUGAUCCUGAGCCAGUUACGGACAGAAAAAUAUCAGCGUCACCAGAAUUAACUAGUGAAAACAGUAAUAUGAGUAAUGAAAGCAAUAAAGAUAAGCCCUUGCUUAAAUGUAUUGAUCUCACUAAAUUAUUAAAACCAGAAGUUGCAAAAAAGAUUCAAGCCAUUGAAAAAUCUAAUAUGAGCAAGAAAAACAAAAAUGCUCAGAAAUUUUACCGGUCCGAUGAAGCCAUUCUUGAUGAUAAAAAAUAUUGGGAAGAGAAAAGAAAAGAAGUUUGUGCUUUUAAACCAAAACAGUUUAUUAUAAGUGUGACAAAACUACCAGAAUUCUCUGAAGAUUUUCUUAGCAAACAUAAUAUAAAACGAAUUAUACAAAACAAGAAAGUACUAGUAGAAAUAGGUGGUAUAAAAGGUAAUGAAUUAGAACAAAUUCCAGUGAAAGACAAAAAUGAAGCAUUUAAUGAAGAUAUUGAUUCUGAUGCUGUUAAGGAGUCCAACAAGAAGGAAAAAUCUAACAAAAUGCUCAAACCUGAUAUAAAUAAAGCAAAAAAUGCUUUGCUUGAUGACUCUGACUCAGAUAAACUUGAUCAGUCAAGCUCUUCAAAACCUGCAGCUGAUACUGAUAAAAUAAAACAUGCAUUACUUCAUGACUCUGAUUCAGACAAAAACAAUGAGGGAGAUACUGAAGUAAUUCAUAACAACACAGAAAAAUUGGUUGGUGAUGAGAAGUCCACAGACAAGCAUAAUGUAGACAGUAAGCAAAAUGAGUUGCAACAAGAUUCGUCAGGUCCCAUUGAUAAAGAUGAAUGUGAUAAAGCAGAUAAGCUGGAAGAAACAAAUGGAAAUUCAAAAGAUGAUUCUGCCAAUGUCAAAACAUCACUAUUAAGGGAUUCCUCAGAUGAUGAGCCUAAAACACCAUCAAAUAAAGGAAAACAUAUUGAGGCAUCAACACCACCGUCUAAAAGAAAGCGCAUAAUGGAAAGUAUGAAAGCAAAAAGAAUGCUCAUGACUUAUUCAUCAAGCUCUGAUACUGAAGAUGAGCAGUUAAGAAAUGCUUUAAAAGAAAUUAAAGAUUCAUUGUUGGAAGGUUCUAGCGAUGAACAGUCAAAAAGUAUUAUAGAAAGAAUGCGAGCAAAGCGUAAAAAGCCUACAUCAUCAAGUUCUGAUGAUGACAAAUUGGAUGAAAAAAUAAAAAAAGUAAAAUCUAAGAAGAAACGCAAAGUAAUGAAAAAAGAAGUCACCAAAGAAGAAAGUAGUCAUUCUGGACAGGAUGAAGAUAAUUCUACCAUCAGUCAGGUGGAUGGAAAUAUGGAUGAAAACUCCAAUUCAAGUAGUAAGAUGGGCCGCUCUAAGGUGAAACCUAAUGCCAGUAGCAGCCAAAAUUCUGAUACACAAGAAACUGACAAAGAUAUUGAUGGGCUGACAAACCUGAAAACGCUUGCGCCGCGGCGCCGCAAAGACUCGAGUUCUACCAGCCGAGAGGAGCGACCACGCACGCGCGGCGCCCGCCUGCCUAAGGCACCCGCCAUUGCUGAGGACGUCAUGUUGGAUGCCAAUAGUAAUAGCUCUGCUGAGGAGUCUGCGGGGGAAGAUGCUGAAGAGCUACCGCCAGUGACCGUGACUGGGUUGAAUGGCAGCGGCGCGAUGGAACACCUGGCUAAAGACGACCUGCUGGACGAAAGUGACGCUUCCAGCUCACAGAAUAAGAGCUCUGAGGACAACAAAAAGGAGGAUGAUGAUGAAUCAGCAGACGAAGAAAAUGUAAAAUCUAAGCGUCGCAAAGCGCCUGCGAUAUCGUCGGACUCUGAGGGCGGGUCCAAGAAGGACCCGGGUGUAAAACUGAGUGAUUUCGAGGACUCUGGCGCGGAGAGCUCGGAGCCGGGCAAGCGCGGCAAGAGGAAGAAGAAGGGCAGCGACAGCGACGCCUCCGCCGGCUCUGACGAUGUCGGUAAGAAGAAGCGGCGCCGCAUCAAGCACGUGGACGACACGGACGCGUCGGGAUCCGAAUCCGAGACCGAGGGGCAGAAGCGAGGAAGGAAGAACAUCCGCAAGGUGAUGGGCAAGGACCAGCUGGAGGAGGCGACUAAGAAGGCUGCUCGGGAGGAGCGCGAGCGAGUGGCGCGUAUUGCCGAGCGGCAGAGACUGUACAACAACCUUCAAUUCGACGAGUCCGGUAAACCAGACGAGGUGGUUCUAGACAAGGUGGUGUUGGACUUCGACCCCGAGACCAAGGAGCCGCUCAUACAGGUCGACCCGGGGCUCGUCAAGAAACUCAAACCUCACCAGGCCAACGGUAUAAAAUUCAUGUGGGAUGCCUGUUUUGAGAGCGCCAAACGCAGUAAGAAGGACAAGGGGUCCGGAUGCAUACUGGCGCACUGCAUGGGUCUCGGGAAAACACUUCAGGUGGUAUCGCUAACCCACACGCUGCUGGUCCACGGCAAGCUGACGGGAGUGAAGCGCGUGCUCGUGGUGUGCCCGCUGUCCACCGUGCUCAACUGGGUCAACGAGUUCAACAUGUGGCUGAAACAUGCCAACGCGGAUUAUGAUGUCGACGUUUAUGAGCUGUCUAGAUUCAAGCAGAACUCUGAGCGAGCGUUCCAGCUGCAACAGUGGCUGGACAACGGCGGCGUGUGCGUGCUCGGCUACGAGAUGUUCCGCAACCUGUCCGCGGACAACAGCAAGAAGUACCGCAAGAAGAUGCUGCAGACCUUCCAGAGGAGCCUCGUGGACCCGGGUCCAGACCUCGUGGUGUGCGACGAGGGGCAUCUGCUCAAGAACGAGAAGACUUCCCUAUCCCAGUCCAUGAAUAGAGUGAAGACGUUGCGACGCAUCGUGCUCACUGGGACACCGCUGCAGAAUAACCUUAAAGAAUACUACUGCAUGGUCCAGUUCGUGAAGCCGAACCUGCUCGGCAAAUACAACGAGUAUCUGAACCGGUUCGUGAACCCGAUCACCAACGGGCAGUACACGGACUCGACGGACCACGACAUCCGCAUCAUGAAGCGACGCUCGCACGUGCUGCAUAAGAUGUUGGACGGGGCUGUGCAGAGACGAGACUACGGCGUCCUAGCCCCGUUCCUGCCGCCGAAGCACGAGUACGUGCUGUUCAUCACGCUCACCGACAUACAGACCAGGCUGUACCAGCACUACCUCGACAACUACUCGCGGAGACCGCUCCCGGGCAAGUCGUCUGGCUUCCUGUUCCCGGACUUCCAGUCGUUGCAGCGGAUAUGGACGCACCCGCUCGUGCUCAAGUACAACUCGGAGCGGUACGAGAUCAUGCAGCAGAAGAAGAGAGACAAAGAAGAAGAGGAAGACUCUGAGGGGUCGCUGGCUGACUUCAUAGACGACGAGUCUACACCACCGGAAUCGACAACAGAGGAGUCGUCGGACGACCUCUCCGACGCGAGCGACGACAGCCGCAAGAAGAGUAAGAAGAAGAAGGCAAAUAAGAAGAGCAAGCGGGACAGCAAGGCCAACACGAGGCGGGCCACGCGGGCUAACCCAGUGGAACUAGACCCAGCGGAAGAGAAGGCCCUCUCCGACAUAGAAGAAGUGAAGAACGAGAACCCGACGGAGUGGUGGAUCAAGCUGGUGAACGACGAGGAGCUGGACGACCUGCGCAACUCGCACAAGCUGCUGCUGCUGUUCGAGAUCCUGCGCCAGUGCGAGGCCAUCGGGGACAAGCUGCUGGUGUUCUCACAAUCUCUAUACUCGCUGGACCUAAUAGAACAUUUCCUCGGCAAGAUCGACGAGGCAACGCAAGAGGCUCGCAUUGACGAGAAACUAGGCAACCAUGUCGGCUCGUGGUCCCCCGGCGUGGACUACUUCCGGCUGGACGGGUCCACCUCCUGCGAGAACCGCUCCAUCUGGUGCAAGAAUUUCAACAGAGAGGACAACCCCCGGGCUAGACUAUUCCUAAUCUCAACACGAGCGGGCGGUCUCGGCAUCAACCUGGUGGCCGCGAACCGCGUGGUCAUCUUCGACGUGUCGUGGAACCCGUCGCACGACGUGCAGAGCAUCUUCCGCGUCUACCGCUUCGGCCAGAAGAAGCCCUGCUACAUAUACCGGUUUCUAGCCAUGGGAACAAUGGAAGAGAAAAUCUACGAGCGCCAAGUGACAAAACAAGCCAUCUCGAAGCGAGUGAUCGACGAGCAGCAGAUCGACCGACACUAUGCGGAGAAUGACCUCGCCGAGCUGUACAAGUUCGAACCCAGACCGCCGGAGCCGAGGGAAAUACCGCCGCUGCCCAAGGAUCGACUGUUUGCUGAGAUGCUGAAGGAUCAUGAGACUCAGAUAUACAAAUACCACGAGCACGACUCGCUUCUCGAGAACAAGGAAGAAGAGACCCUCACGGAAGAAGAGCGUAAGGCGGCGUGGGAGGACUUCGAGAACGAGAAGACGCGGCCGCCGCCCGCGCCCUUCCCCAACAUGUGGCCCAUGCACGCUAAUGGCAUGUCGGCCGGCCUAAUGGCGCAGCAGCAGCAGCAACUCGCGUACGCGGCGCUAUCGGCCAUGCUGCGCAAGGACAUGCCCAACAUCAACGACAACCAGAUCCGGGACAUGCUGCCGCUCAUCUACCAGGCCAAUCCCGCUUUGAUGCAGAAAAUGAGUGAGAUCUACAAGUACGCCCAGCCAGGCAUGGCCAACCCUAUGAUGGGUCCUUUCAUGAAUGCCGCGGCGGGCGGCGCGGGCAUGGGCGGCAGCAGCGGGCUGCAGUACGAGCCGCCGUGGCAGCGCCAGCAGCAGCAGCAGAACCAGCUGCGGCUGCAGCAGCUCAUGCAGCAGCAAAAUUCAAUGGGCGCAAAAUACUACGCGGGCGGGCUCGGCAGCCGCGACCCCGUAGCGAUGGCGAUGCAGCAGGCGCGAGCACGAGAGAUCAUGCUGGGGGAGAGCACGGGCCGCCCCCGCGGCCGCCCGCCCCUCGCGCGGCCCCCGCCCGCCCCCGCCGACGUGGUCAACUUGGACUCGGAUUAGUUACAGAAACCCCAAAUGUACAGUGCUUAAGUAGAUGGUGAUGUGUACAGGUCCGGAUGUGUAGGUGCUAUGCUGAAGUCGGCUGGAUGUGAGCUCAGCUGAUGGGUACCUGAAGGAAUGUAUGAUUUGACUGAUAUAGUGAAUAUAGGCCCAGAGGUUCCAUCGGCAGAAGGUCUUUCAGAUACUAUUGGCCAAAACUGGAUAAGGUUUGUCCGAUGGAACCCUUAAACAUACUGUGGCACUAACAGCAAUAUUCCAAUUAUGCUCAGUCUGUAUUUUGUUUAAACUGGGCAUCACACACGACUAAAUAAUUACGCUAUUAACUGUGCUCAGUAUGCCAAAUAUACAACUAGACAAACUGUCGGAACCUGACUAUGUGUUUAAUCAGUGCAUACCACAAAACAGGUUUGAGGCCAGAUUUGCCCAGUAUAGUCCUUCCGAGGCACCCAUCAGCAGUGGCCCAUGUUUUCGUAUAGCCAAUUACUACCUGGAUAAAGUUGAUUCUUAGGCGUUACAUAUUUCACUUUAAAUUGAUUAAUGUGAUUCAAUUUUACAAUUACACAUUCCACACUCGAAAAUGCUAAAGUUUGUAUAAAAAUAUCUGGUAGUUAAUGUUCAAUUCAGUCUUCAACUUUGUCUGGGCUAUGUAAUGUAUAUCUCUACAUAAUUUAUACAUAUACAUAGAAGUACCUACGUUGCUCUAGGCUUACGCUACACCACAUAUCAAGAAUCUCCUUUAUAUGCUAAUAUCUCUUUAGUUGAGAUUGAUUCAAUAUAUUUUUAUUAUUGUUCAAUAUAUUCACGGACAAUUUAUUUUAGUAUAAGCCUUGUGGAUCCUGAAGAUCGCAAUCCUGAAAACCAUCCACCAGGUUACAGAUUUUGUUAAUCCAACAAUUGUUUGCUCCAAAUAAUUAAGCGUAGGCCUAAGGCGUAGCUAAUAAAGAGAAUGCACAAGUUGAGUUAUAUUUUAAUGGUUAAAGUAUAGAUUUUUAUAAGCAAUUAGUUUUUGGAAAUUUAAAAUAUGACCCUUGUGCAAGUGUCUGAUGGUCUGAAAGAAUUGGGUAGGAUUUCAUCUGAUAUGUGUAAAUGUUAAAUUAACACUAGUAACAACUUGCCUGUUUGAAUGAGAAAUACAUAACUCUUGACCUUUUGGCCGUCAGACUAGAUGAUUUAAAAAUAAAUAUCUCUCAGUACAGGAAGUUACAUAAUAAGUAAGCUAUACUGUAGAUGUCAACAUAGUUAUUAACUCAGUGUAUGUAUAUCUUAAGGUCGAGAAAACUCAAAUGACGAGUUAUCGAUGGAGUUCUUUAGUAUUCUUGGUAAUCCUCUCAAAAAUUCUUUUGAAUCAGAUUUUGGACACAAUACUAAAGAACUAUCACACUGUACUUUCCUAUAAAUGUGGACUUACUUAGUACUACAUUAUAUUAUAAUCAUUACAAGUUAUGGAUACCGUGUAGUGACUAAUUCCUGUGCUAUGUUGUAACACCAAAAUAUCAUAAUUAUGAUUCAAGUUAACUUUAAUUAUGGGAAGGGACUGAGAAAUUUAAUUUCUUUGCUUGAUUCAUUGGUGGCCUAUGGAAAACUGUACUUGUGUUUAAAUAUUUUUAAGUUCGCCUGGAAUAAUUUAUUAGUUAAAUUUUAGUACACAAUACACAUACAUUUUAGACUUGCAUUAUGUACAGCCAUUUUAUUAAUUGGAAUCUUAAAUGCAGUUUUAAUUUUCUACAGUGCAAUAAUAUUUUAACACAAGUUUGAAAUUUUCAUUGAGUAAGUUAUUUUAUUAAAAUGUAAUUUUGCUGUUUUUUUUUUUUACAAAGCACCUUUAUUAUAUUUUACUUUAUCAUUAAGUUUUUAUUUAUUUCACCUGAUUAGUACAGGUGGUUAAGUUGUGAUAUUGUCGUAUCAUAAUUUUGUUUGUAUACGUUUAUUAUAGUGAGUCGACUAUGACACUAUUUAGGUUUUGUAAUCAUAGGAUAUAAGUACUUCAUUGUGUAAAAGUUUUGAGACAAAUUUCUGUGCUUCAUCAACCGCUGGUAGUUUGACAUUUUUGUAUCGUUUUGGGAAAAGAUUUAUAGGGAUUAUUAAAUAGAAUCUAUGUCUAUAUUAUGAAUAAUGAACAUUAUAUUAACAAAUGAGCAGUAUUUCAAUCUAGAUCUAAGGUUUUUUUUAGUCUUCACACUCCUGAAAUAGUAAAUGCUGUUUGUUACCAAGUGUCUCUAGUGCUGAUGAUACUUGUUGACUGCUGUUCUUAUUUCUUUAUGUGAUAUAAAUUGUAAUUGUAGAAACUUUCCUAUUAUUUUGUAGUACAAUCUAUAAUAAACAAUUUGGAAAUGUGA